AUGCAAGAGAACUCGGGCAACCCAAUAGAGGCUUCAGAGAAGGCGCGCGACAACAGCGACCCCAUGGAAGAGGAAGACAUACCGAUGCUCAUGUCAGGCGCUCCAGCGAUGGCCAUGUUCGUCCCUCUAGAAGAGAGCCUUUUCGAACCAUUCGAUGCCCCCACCAAUGAGGUCGACCGCCUGAAACUCCGCCAGCGAAACAUCGAGAAGCACACGGCCAUUGUAGAGCAGAACCUUGUGUAUAUCUACGAGCGAGAGCAUCGGCGCAUUCUGCAGCACGCAAAAAAGCUGGAGGCAUCCCAAGGUGUCCACGAAAUCACCACGGGCCUCAUGCCGGGCGAGGAGGAGCUCAUCAUGGAAUACGUCAAUGCCCCGGUUCCUCACGGUGCCGAUUACAGCAACCGGCAUCUAUCGACGUACGCGUGCCCGGAACUCCCAGGCGAAAUGCCUCCGAGACAGGCCGCACUUCAUUGGUCGCUCUACAACUGUGGCCAAGCAUUGAUCCAGUUGGCAGGAUAUGCUAGCCACGCGCAGGAAAUCAAAACCCAUUACAAGACGGCCCUUGAGAGAGAACUUGCGCUCGAGAAGUCGGCUGCCAACAAGGAGCCGGAGGGCGAACCAAGUCGGAGCUAG